UUCCGACGGGCCAGCCGCAUCUCGGCGCCCGUCAGUUAACAAACGAACACGAACACGUUACGACGCGCGAGCGCGACUCGGGUCUCGUUACCGCCGCCGCCGCCGCCGCCGUCGUCGUCGUCGCCGCCGCUGCCACCGCCGCCACCGCCGUUGCUGUUGCCGUCACUACUACCGCCGUCGCCACCGCUACCGUCGAACCGUCGUCACCCCGAAGAUGACCAUAAUAGUAUUUCUGAUCGACACGUCGGCCUCUAUGAAUCAGAGGGCUUAUUUGGGUGGGCGACCCACGCUCUUGGACGUAGCCAAGAGCGCCGUGGAGACCUUCGUGAAGGUACGACAGAGAUCGCCGGAGAGCCGUGGGGAUCGUUACAUGCUCCUGACCUUCGAGGAUCCACCUCAGAACAUCAAGGCAGGAUGGAAGGAGAACCUGGCAACCUUUAUGAACGAACUCAAAAACUUGCAAUGCAUCGGCUUGACGACGCUGGGUGCCGCCUUGAAGCACGCGCUGGACGUGCUGAACAUAAACCGUAUGCAGACCGGCAUAGACACAUACGGCCAAGGGAGAUGCCCGUUUUACUUAGAACCAUCCGUUAUAGUUGUUAUAACAGACGGAGGAAAAUACACGACUAAUAGUGGAGUUCACCAAGAUUUUACGUUACCGAUGAAUUGCCCGAUACCCGGGUCCGAGCUGACGAAGGAGCCAUUUAGAUGGGACCAAAGAUUGUUCUCUUUGGUGCUGCGUCUGUCGGGUACACCAGCCGUCGAACGAGACAUCGGCUUGGUGGCGAGCGACGCGUCGCCGAUAGAUGCGAUGUGCGAAGUAACCGGAGGUCGCUCGUACUGCAUCACGUCGUUCAGAAUGAUGAUACAGUGCAUAGAUUCGCUGGUGCAGAAGGUCCAAUCGGGCGUGGUGAUAAAUUUCGAGAAGAUCGGUCCCGAUCCACCGCCGUUGGCCAACGAAGCCUCGCAGCAUCAAGAGGAGGAGGAGAACGAGGACGACGGUAACGCGACGAACGGGCCGCGCGCCCAGUAUCCGAACGCGCUAGCGCCGGGGAACACGGCCUGGUAUUCCUGCAGACGCCUGAUCUACGUGCCGCGGUCGGCCCAGAAGGGCUUCGCGGUAGGUUUCUGGCCGAUUCCCGAGAGCUUCUGGCCGGAUCUCAGCGCCAGCUCGUUACCGCCACGCUCGGCGCAUCCGAACGUGAAGUUCACGUGCACCAGCCAGGAGCCGAUGGUGAUCGAGAAUCUGCCGUUCGACAAGUACGAGCUGGAGCCGAGCCCGCUGACGCAGUACAUCCUGGCGCGGAAACAGCCGACGACGUGCUGGCAGGUGUUCGUCGCUAAUUCGUAUAAAUCGAGCGAAGUGGGCCACCCGUUCGGCUACUUGAAAGCUAGUACAAACUUAACUUGCGUAAAUCUCUUCGUCAUGCCUUACAACUAUCCCGUGCUGUUGCCGCUGCUGGAAGAGCUCUUCAAGGUACACAGGCAAAAGCCAACACCCGAAUGGAGAGCGCAGUUCCAGGGUUACAUAAGGACCAUGCCUACUUAUUAUGCCGCCUCGUUGAGGAGAGCGUUGACCAGGAUGGGCGCGUCCGCGCCUCUGGCGCAAACCUUGAUACCCGAUAAUAUGGAUAAUUCUUUAUCGUAUAGUGUUUUAAAUUAUCUUAAACGGUUGAAGAAUCAGGCCAAAAUUGAAUUUGAUCGGCUGUGUAAUGAGGUCAUUUCCAAGCAAGUCGCCGCCUCGAAUCUCACGAAGAAUUUGUCUAAUUGUAGUACGAGUGUGGUGACGGAAGGAGUGAGAGUUGUACCGAAGACACCGCUAAAAAAGGAUUUGGUAUCUCAUCCCUUGUUGCAAGACAAGUUCACGGGUCUUCGCGAUCAAUUAAACGAAUUCGGAGGUUUCGUCGUCGGAUUGGUGAAGAAUCAACAGCAGCAACGUGGCGCGCACAGCUAUAGGAACGCCUUCGACGUGCCGAGAAAGUCCCUGCUCGAUCAAGUUGUGCGGAUGCGCGCGAAUUUCCUGCAACCGGGCUUGCUGCACACGAAGUUGCUCGACGACGACUACGUUCAUUCGAUGCCUUUAGCCCAAAUGGGAAAUUACCAGGAAUACCUGAAACGCAUGACUCCGCCGUUGAGAGAGAUCGAAAGCGUACCAGUUAGACAGCAUAUGUUUGGCAAUCCAUUCAAGAUAGACAAGAGGAUGAUGGUAGACGAGGCGGAUAUCGACAUAGUCGGCGCGACGUCCUCGACGUCGAAAGGCGGUCUCAAGCGCACCUUGCCGCCGUCGGACAACGCAGGCUCGUCCUCCCCGAGGCCACCGCCUAACAAGAGGAAGCCUGGGCCCAUACCGAAGGACGUGAUCGUUCGACGGCCCUCGUACACUAAUACUCCACCGAGCUCCCCGAUUCCUUGGAUGAUGGAGGAAAAUGGCAUGAAGAGCCAAGUGGCGGUAACGGCGGCAGCAGCAGCAGCGACGGCAGCAACACCGGUCGCCGAUACGAGCGCUCCGCCGAUCCUGUCUUGUUUGCCGAACGUGUCGCCGGCGGGUCACGCGUCGCUGCCGUGUUCGAGCGCGUCCGAAAAGUUGGUGAACGGUCUCGCGGAAAUGCCGAUCAUACCGGUUUUCGAGCCGAUCCCGGUGGAGCACGUUAACAAUCACAUGGACACGCCGCCCGUUCUCACGCCGAUAGUCAACAAUGUCGACGCGAUGUCGAAGGGUGAUGUUAAAAGUGAACGGACAGACAGCGUGAAGAACGAGUGUAAUCGGUUACCGGUUAACGAUUGUAUCGAGAAUAGCGUGCGAGUUGUGGACGGUGCCGCUGAGGAGAGACUGACGAAUCACGUGGAGGAGAAGCGCGAGCAGAAGACCGAGCGGGAGAAGAAGCUGACGAAGAAGGAGCUGGAGGACAUCAGGCGGCACAAUUUGAGCAUCCGGGAACUCGUUUACAAGGAGGUGCGAAGAAGAGGGAAAAAUUACGCAACACUCUUCUCACACUUACAUCAAGUUCAGGGGACCCUAGAUACACGGCUUGCGUUUGUAAAAGAUAUAGUCAAAGAGUCAUUACGCUUUAAACGACGUAACUUGGCGUCACUGUUAGAAGAAUAUCUUAAAACCAUUCAAGAGGACGGUUGCACUAUAAAUCACAAGCUGAAUCACAAUGGUGCCACGAAGAUAAGUUGCUAAGAUAUAUGCGUAAUCCAGGGCAUUAUCUUAAUACUGUGGAGAACGUAGUUUGCGAAUGAACUCUCGCGCGAGUUUUUGCCAGAGGUUUUAGUUUAGCGGUUUCGAUUUUUCCGAAAUAAGGAGUACUUUUAAUCACUGGAGAGACUUGCGCAAUCUUGGUUCUAGCGAAUUUCAGUAGCAUUUUCGACGUUAGCCACGGAAGUCACGUCACUUUUAUGUUUUACUUUCGGCUUAUUUGAUCGAAUGAUAGAAAAAUUUGGGCUUAUCACUUACGAGGAGCUACCUCAAUGUUCGAGCAACCGUUUGACGGGUAAAAAAAUCUGAUUUUGAUUCCUGGACAGCAAGGAUUUUAAUUGGGAAAAUAUUCUGUUCUCUGAUGCAAACAAAACAUAUAAUACGUAUAUAUUUUCGUCGAACGCUUAGAAAACUGGAACUUUCUAAAUGUAUCGCGUGGCACUCGUGGCCGCAGCCAUAAAUUAAAGCAAUUUAUUUACCACUCUAUUAAGUGAGAUAAAAAAAAAAUUGAGCAAUAUUUGAAAUGUACUAAAUUAUAUAUUAUAUUUCAAUUAAGUAAUAUAUAUGUAUCUUCCUAAAAAUUAAUUGUUUUAAGUCUUAAUCCGAAGAGGAAAUCCAGGAUAACUUUUUCAUCUUGGGUACUCCGAAAAUAUCCGUAGCAACACACAUCGUAACGAAAUAUAUUUGCGCAAUCUACGGAGUUCUUAAUCCUUCACAAGUAUACGCGGUGUUUGUUACAUGUAAAUACGUUCACACGUUUGUUUCGUCAUCCAUUACGUACUUUUACCAUUCUCAGAAUUUUGCCGGAUAUCAUUUGGCGCACAUAAAAAAAAAAUAAAAAAACCGUCUUGAAUGCUGGACAUACAAGACAAUAAUUACGCGUAAUAACGUAAGAAUGAAUAUCAAUCCUUUCAAUGAAUCCGCAUACUACAAACUCAAGUAGCAAGAUGUCUUAAUAAUGUCAAAAGACAUCUUAAUAACGUCUCUAACGUUAAUAAGACAUUAUUGAAACGUCAUUUGACGUCAUCUUGUUACUUGGAAAGUGUUGAAAAGUACAAGUGCAAUCAAAUGAAUCGGUGCAUAAUUCUAUCCAGUCCCCUCAGCGCCCAUGUCGAAUUUAGGACAGAAUAAUUAUAUUACUCUUACACUCUUACAUUUCCUAUUCAACCUAUCUAUAGUCUCACUUGUGAUCUAUACUAUAUUAAGUUUAAUAAAAUGCCAUAGUUUAACGCACUGUAAUACCGAAAUGUCUGUAAAUUUUGUUGUGUACUUUUGUUGGAUGUCGUAAAAGGGAUCUAUGGUUUUCCAUUGAUGACACAUUAAUCACAUUAUACGAUAAUCGCGAUUGCUAUACAUAGAAAUACAUAUAAAGAUGAGAACAUAUCUUUUAUUGUGUGUGGAAGAAAGCGGAAAAUCGCACAUCACGAAACAAUUUAUUAUUGUGUAAAUUAUUAAAAUAUAACUAAGAAAAUUAAUAGAAAUUCUUGAUUGCAGUGGAUUCUUCUUUUGCGAAUUUCAACAUUUAGCUUUCAUACGCGGCACCUGUUAUAGAUAGCGUUAUAGAAAAAAAAAAACAUUUCUGUACAUUUAAACGAGACGCUAAAUGCAGAUUUGAAUUUAUUGCGAGAAAUCUACGAAGGGUUGACAGUGCCUGAUGUUACUUGAAAUUGAGACGAUAUAUUCAACCCACUAUAUCUCCAAAAGUUUUUAAUAUGUUAGUUAAUUUUACACAUAAAAAUAUAUAUGUAUGUAUAUUUUAAAACUUUAAAUGUCAUUUUCAUUCAAAUAUAUAUUGUACAUCAGAAACAAUGUAAGAAGUACACGAAAUUCUUUUUAUUUUACGAUAAAUUUUCUGUUAUACAAAAUUAUAUAAUACAAAAUCGAAAUAUCCACAUAUGUGACGUAUGUAUAUGCACGCACCAGUACGCAUACAUACACACACAUACGAGAAGCGAGGGAUGUAAUAAAUUUUGUAUAAGAAAAUUCCAGGGAUUUGCACUAUGAUACUGUACUAUUUUAGAUUGAAGACAAAAGAGGAAACGAGAAAUUCACUUUGACUGUAUACAAAUUCAAAACAAAUAUAACAAUACUAUAACAAUCAAAAAUGCGUUAUAAAUCUGAAAUGACAUUUGGAGCAAAGGAAUUCUAAGAAUUCUGUGUUCUGUCCUCGAAUCCUCAUAUGUAUGUGCAACACGGCAGAAAUUUAAAAAAAUGUAUAUUCUUUCGAGAAAAAUUUCACAUACACACACACACAUUGAUGUAAACGUGGGUUGAAGGAAUGUAUGUUAAUAGCGAUAGUUAUUUAUAUACAAUUGCUAGUUAUACAAAAUGAUAAAAUCGCGCUUACUGGUUUAUAUCGAAAAUGAUUUGACCAAAUAUUACAUAGGAUAAUGAUAGACAGACAAGGAUGAUUAUCUUACUUUAUUAUCUGUGAUUUUUUUAUAUUGCUUAUUUUAUGAUUAUAAUCAAGUAUCAAUACAUUUUUCUAUCUUGAUUUCCCUUAAAAGAAAACAUUCAAGAUAGAAAAUUAGGACGUUGACAAAAUGAAAACACAUAUCAUGUUAUUAAAUUAUUGUAAAAAUUUUUUUGAUAUAUAUAUAUAUAUGUAUAGUCUUUAGAAAUUGAUGUUUUCUUAUUCUAGAAAGAGAAUGACAUUCUUUCGGAUUUCGAAAUUUUUGUUAAUAUUUUUAAUUUUGAAAUUUCUGUUAUUUUGUUAAUAUUCCAAGUGAGAUAAUCAACCACCAUGUGGAUAUUAACAGUAUCCUAAUGCUCUUUAGAAAAUAUGAUAUCGAAAUUGUAUUUAUUAGUUGAAAAUAUGUUGAUAUCUUGUAAAUUAUUUUAUAAUAAUGGAGCUUAGCUGAGUCUCUCACAAAGACAAUGAUGCUAGACGCUUAUUUGCUCCAGAGAAAGAUAAAUAGGGAAUUAUUAAACAAUUAUUGAUGUAAAAAAAAAAAAUAAUAUAAAACUAAGUGCGAUUGUAUAAAAGAGAUUAAUGGGCAACUAAAGUGUUUGGAAGUUUUAAGUACCUUGAUUACAGUCCUUUUUUUUUGUUACAGCAGCAGUUAAUUUAUUAUUUUGUACUGAGACUUGUUAAAACGAAUCAGCUUGGAAUGAUUCUUUUUCACAAAUUCAAUAUUACAUUAGCGUACAGUGUGCUUUACCAAAGCAAGAUCACAUAUUUCCGCACACUGCUGUGAUAGCUUUAAUAAUUAUAUAUAUAUAUGUAGAGAGAGAGAGAGAGAGAGUUUAAUUUGUGUGCAAACAUUUCAGCGAUUGCGAAUUAUGAUUCCGAAAUAACGUCAAAUCUCUGUCGAUAGUAAAUUUUAUAUAAGGCGUUCGCGCGCUACAGACUUCGUCAGCAGAGACGUUAUGUAGAAUCGAUGCGUCAUGUCCAACGAUAUAUUAUAUGAGUCUGCUAGUAUUCCGUAUAAUUCAUGUGCAGUCAUGUCACGUCCACGGUGGACCUGCCAACGAAAAAAAGAAAAAAACGAGCCAAAUGCAGAUGCAGUUCCAUAUAUGCCAAUCUGUUACGAUAUGCAGCUAAUCGAAUAUUACUGAUAUGAAACGACUUUAUUGCUUUGUAUUCUACAAUCUACAUAAUUAUAUGAAAAUGGAAUUCGAGCUGACUAUUCUUUCCCAUUAGAACUUGCGAAAACAAUGUAUGACUUAGCAAAGAAAAAAAAAAAGAAUUUUUUUAGAUCAGAUUGGUAAUUUUUUUUUUUUAUAUGACGGCAUGGAGUGGAAAUAGGGUCUGUGUUAUGCGCCUCGUUUAAUGGUAUUUAGGAUGUCAAUAAAUGUUGCAAUCACUAUUUUUUCACACACCUGUAACAGUGACAAUGACGGCACACUUGCAUUAAUUGUACAUACGAAAUUGUAUAUAAGGCGUGUAUCAAUAAUUAUUAUUAUAGACGAGAUUCAUAUGUCGAAAAGGACUGUCCCGUUUUUACGUUUAUAUUUUAGGUAAAACGAUAAGUAAAUCUCGAAAAAAAAGCGAAUAAACAAAUUGAGCAGAAA